CCAAUUCUCCAUGAAUAUUAUCAGCCAGGAGACCUCAUCAUUGCUGGGCUUACUUCUCUAAUAUACAUCUUUUCCAGUUCUAGUACCUUUGCAAAUCAUCCUUCUCAGGAACGUAUUGAUGCUCUUGAGUAUUUCAGUGCUACAUCAACUUACCGUGCCGCAAUGGACAUCCUUUCUGCACAAACCAGAUUCAUCCCUAAUUAUAAGUGUAAUGCCCAAAAUAACCUGACAGCAGUCAUUGGAGGACCUAACUCUGAUGUUGGUCUACACAUGGCAGACAUUCUAUGCAUUUACAAGAUUCCACAACUCACUUAUGGCUCCACUCCACUAAUGAGUAAUGAAAUGCAAUAUAUUUUCUUCUAUCGGAUGUUCCCCAAAACUUCCAUUCAAUAUAUGGGGAUUCUCCAGUUAUUACUGCAUUUCAAGUGGACAUGGAUUGGAAUACUGUAUGUGAAUGAUGACAAUGGACAGCAGCUAAUUCAGAAUGUGCUUCCCAUGUUUAUUCAUAGUGGCAUCUGCUUUGACUUUGUACAAAAAUGCCCCCAACAUUCCUUUUCCAGCAACACUGAUAAAAUGGUGUCAGAAAUUAUUGAAAUUUGCAAACUUGUUGCAAGUAGCACUGCCACAGUGUUACUAGUACAUGGAGAAACUGGAACAAUGAUUAUAAUACGGCUACUGUUGAGGAUUUCAGAAUUUGAGAAUAUAGCUUGGAAGGUCAAGGGUAAAGUAUGGCUUAUGACAGCACAGCUGGACUUCACCUCAUUUUCUUUUCAAAGGAGUUGGGAUAUACAUUUCAUCCAUGGUGCUUUAUCUUUUGUCAGUCACACAAAGGAAUUGUUGGGAUUCCAGGAAUUUCUUCAAAUGAGAAACCAUACAUCUAACAAGAACGAUGGUUUCAUCAGGGAUUUCUGGGAAAAUGCAUUUAGCUGUACCUUCCCCAAUUCAAUAGUUGACAGGAAGGCUGGUAAAAUGUGUUCUGGGGAGGAGAAGCUGGAAAAACUUCCUGGAUCUGUUUUUGAAAUGCGAAUCUCUGGCCAUAGCUACAACAUCUACAAUGCUGUCUAUUCUCUUGCACAUGCAUUGCAUGUUAUACAUUCAUCCACAUUCAAACCCAGAGCAAUGGUAGAUAGAGAGAGAUGGAAUCAAAAGCCAUGGCAGCUCCACCACUUCCUGAGACAAGUCUCAUUUAACAAUAGUGCAGGAGAAACUGUGUAUUUUGAUGAAAAUGGAGAGUUAGUAGCUGGAUUUGACAUUAUAAACUGGAUCACCUUUCCAAACCAGUCCUUUCUUAGAGUAAAAGUUGGACAGGUUGACCCAAAAGUUUCCAAAGAUAAAAUGUUCUCCAUAGUUGACGAUGCCAUUGAAUGGGCCAGCAUGCUUAACCAGUCAAGGCCCCUUUCUCUGUGUAAUGACCACUGCUGUUUAGGUUAUAGAAAGGCACAGAAAGAAGGGAAGUCAUUUUGCUGCUAUGAUUGUCUUCCAUGUCCAGCAGGGAAAAUUUCAAACCAAACAGAUAUGGAUGAUUGUUUCCAUUGUCCGGAGGAUCACUAUUCUAACAACAACCAUGAUGCAUGCAUUUUGAAAAAUAUAAGUUUCCUGUCUUAUGAAGAACCCCUAGGAGUCACUUUGGGCUUUCUAAUUCUUUUCUUUUCCAUAAUCACAGUUUUGGUGCUCUGGAUAUUCAUCAAGCACCAGGACACUCCCAUAGUCAAAGCCAACAAUGAAAAACUUACCUACAUUCUUCUCAUCUCCCUCCUGCUCUGCUUUAUUUGUGCAUUGCUGUUCAUUGGACGACCAAACAAAGUGAUGUGUCUUUUACAACAAGCUGCUUUUACUGUCAUUUUCUCAGUGGCUGUUUCAUGUGUGUUGGCCAAAACUCUCAUUGUGGUUCUAGCAUUUAUAGCCAUCCAACCAGGAUCCAGAAUAAGGAAAUGGGUGGGGAAACCAAUGGCCAGCACUACUCUUGUUUCCUGCUCCCUCUUUCAAGCCACAAUUUGUACCGCAUGGCUUUCAACAUCUCCUCCAUUCCCAGAUAUUGACACAAGUUCAAUGUCUGAAGAAAUUGUACUGGAAUGUAAUGAAGGGUCAGCAGCUAUGUUUUACUGUGCACUAGGAUUCCUGGGUUUCCUGUCCAGUGUAAGCUUAAUUGUGGCAUUCCUAGCCAGGAAGCUACCUGACAGUUUCAAUGAAGCCAAGUUCAUUACUUUCAGCAUGAUAGUGUUUUGCAGUGUUUGGGUGUCCUUUGUUCCAUCUUACCUGAGCACUAAGGGCAAAUACACUGUUGCUGUGGAGAUCUUCUCUAUCAUAGCUUCCAGUGCAGGAUUGCUGUUUUUCAUUUUUACUCCCAAGUGCUAUAUUAUUUUGCUGAAGCCUGAGCUGAACAACAAGGAGGAGCUUAUAAGAAGAAAUCAUCAUUUAUAG